AUGUCGUUAUUCGUCGUGAACAGAUAUCUUGGCGACGAAGAUGGAAACGAAAGUACAGAAAGUCGGUCCCAGACGUUACUUGCAAAACUUAAGGAGAAAGCCAAGGCUCGACAGAAGUGCAGCACUGAUCCUACACCAUUAGAAACAGACAUAAUAACAAAGAAAAAGCCUAAAAAGAAAAGGAAAAAUAAAGAGGUUGAAGAGAGUAAAGACAAUGUGGAAGAGCCGGGAGAGGAUGUAAUGCAAAAGAAGAAACGGUGUAUAGAAAAACCUCCAACUGAACAAGCUCCAGCUUCUCGGACUGAGGAGGAAACCAAAGACUCUCUACCAACUCCAGAGAAGCCUCCUGCCCCUGGGUUCCCUGCCCCUGGGUUCCCUGCCCCUGGGUUCCCUGCCCCUGGGUUCCCUGUUCUUGGGGGAUUUUCCACUAAAGACGUACCAAAGGUGAACAGAGUGUUGCCGCAGUGGCUCGCUAAGCCUGACCUCAUUCAUCAAAACAUAAAAGAGCAUCUCCAUCCGCUCAGUGACGUCCUCUGCCUUCACCUGCUCAAGAAACUGCAGAACAAUAACAUCCAGCACCUGUUCCCAGUGCAGGCAGAGGUGAUCCCAGCCGUCCUCCAGAGCAGUCGACAGGGGCUGUGGGGGGGCCCUGGGGGCCACAGACCCAGAGAUAUAUGUGUGUCAGCUCCCACAGGCAGUGGAAAGACCUUAGCCUUUGUCCUUCCAAUUAUUCAGGUGCUGAUGCAGAGGGUGGUCUGUGAGGUCAGGGCCUUGGUCGUGCUGCCCACUAAGGAGCUGGCUCAGCAGGUGUGGAGGGUGUUCUCGGCGUAUGCAGAAGGAACGCAGCUCAGAGUGGUCAUGGUCGCGGGACAUAAGUCUCUGGGAACUGAGGCAGCGUCGCUCUCAGAAGUCCGGGGCGGUCGGAGGCGAAGUCUCGCGGAUAUCGUCGUGGCGACUCCUGGACGCCUCGUCGACCACAUCAACAAAAACUCGAGCCUCUGUCUGGAACAGCUGCGGUUUCUUGUCAUCGAUGAGGCAGACAGAAUGAUUGACAGCAUGCACCAGUCCUGGCUCAGUCACGUGAUCAAAGCUGUGUUUGCAUCUAAAACUGCAGACACACACUCCACUCUCUUCAGGAGGACUGUGGCUGCACACAUCACUGCUGCCAGUGCCAGCCCUCCUCAAAUACCGCUGCAGAAACUGUUAUUCUCUGCCACUCUCACUCACGACCCAGAGAAGCUGCAGCAGCUGGGCCUGUACCAGCCUCGCCUCUUCACCUCAGCCCAGCACACGUCUGGGGAAAACUCCGCACCUGAGCGCUUCCACUUCCCUCAAGGCCUCACGGAGUACUACGUCCCGUGUACCAUGAACAAGAAGCCUCUGGUCCUGCUGCAUUUCAUCACCCACAUGAAGCUCAGCCCCAUUCUGUGCUUCACCAACUCCAGAGAGGCGGCCCACAGACUGGGGUUACUGCUGCAGUUGUUUGGGGGGAUCCAGGCGGCAGAGUUUUCUUCCAGACUGAGUCCAGGAGAGAGGAAGAGGACGCUGAAGGACUUUGAGCAGAGAAAGAUCCAACUGCUGGUGAGCACAGACGCUGCAGCUCGGGGCAUCGACCUCAGCGUGGUCAAGUGUGUCAUCAACUACGACGCUCCACAGUUCGUCCGCACCUACAUCCACAGAAUUGGCCGAACGGCGAGAGCGGGCAGAGCUGGACUGGCCUUCACCUUCCUGCUGCAAGUACAGGAGAAACACUUCCUGCAGAUGGUGAGUGAGGCCGGCAGUCCUGGGAUCCAGAAACAAGCGGUGAAACCAGAGCUUCUGAAAGGCCUGGAGCCGCGUUACGAAAAGGCACUCGAUGAAUUGGCUGAAAUGAUCAAGGAGGAGAAGACCCAGUGA